AUGCGCAGUUUGGCUGCCUUCCUCCUGGCGCUCACCGCGCUCCUCCCCACGCCGACGGCAGCCUCGGGGUCACCGGGCUUCACCGGCCACGGCCAGCUCCGCGCCCUCCACAACACCGGCGACCAUGAGGACCUCGGCUGCUUGACUAGCGAGGGAAAAUGGACGGUCGAGGAGCCGCUGUGUGGUGUCUUCGCCGCCGACCGGAUCGACGACUACCAGUUCCGACUCCGGAGCAUCGAGGCAGGCGAAUGCGGCAUCGAUGUCGCGACGUUCAAGUGCGGCGGCGGUGUGAAGGCAGCCGGUUUCGGGACAUGGGGGACACCGGGACCGGUCCCAGGCUAUGACGUCCUGCGCUACUCCCAGUACGGCGUGCUCGCUACCAAUGCUCCGGACAGCCCGCCGGCGCCGGGCGAAGAGCCGCUUGCCAUUCACUUCUAUAGCGGCAGCGAGAAGGGCAAGUGGAUCUGGCUGGGGUGGAAGGCCUUGUCAGACGACGAGGCUGCCGACGACGCUGGUGAGAACUGA